GUCACUUGGGGAGAGAGAGAGAGCAAUUGAAAGAGAUCGAUAGAAUGGGGGUGAAGAAGAAGAAGAAGAAGAGUAGCGAUAGCGACGAAGACGACACUUUCUACCACCGCUACGCCUCCGCCCCACCCCCCUCCACCGACUCCAAAGCCCAAUCGAAGCCCUCUGGCGGCGGAAGCGGCGGCCUCGCGCCUUCAAAGUCCACCGUCUACGUCAGCAACCUCGAUUACAGCCUCACCAACUCAGACCUCUUCACCAUCUUCUCUGCCUUCGGCAAGAUCGCCAAGGUCACCGUCGUCAAGGACCGCCAUACCCGCCAGAGCCGCGGCGUCGCUUUCGUCCUCUUCGUCUCCCGCGACGAUGCGCUCGCCGCCGCCCGCGGCGUCGACGGCAAGGUCCUCAAUGGCCGAACCCUAAAGGCCUCCAUCGCCGCCGAUAAUGGCCGCACCACCGAGUUCAUACGCCGUAGGGUUUAUAAAGACAAAAGCAGGUGCUAUGAGUGCGGGGAGGGUGGGCAUUUGUCGUACGAGUGCCCGAGGAAUCAGUUGGGGCCUAGGGAGCGGCCACAACCUUCAAAGCGGUCCCGGCGCGGCGGAGAAGACGAGAGGAAGGUUUGGGAGGAGGAAGAGGACGAUGUUCCGGAGGUGUUUGAAGAUGAUAAUUGGGCGUCCGUGGUAGAUACAGGUGCAGACCAGAGGCUAUUGACGAGAGAUAAAGAGGAGGUUAGGAAGAAGAAUGGGAAGAAAACUAAGAAAUCAAGCUAUUUUAGUGACGAGAGUGACGAGGAUGAGUGACUCUGAAGUAUCUUUAAUUCGGAGCAUCUGAUCUGAAGACUAUUGAAGUUGAGAAUCACUGUGAGCCGAUGAGCAGAUAAGCUUGAAAGAAAAAUACAUUUGCAGGGAGGGAGAAGUCAGCUUACCAGCAUUUCAUGAUCCCCCAUAAUCUCUUCUAUCAACUCCUGGAGCAGUUUAUCUGCACUGUUGGGAACCAGAGCUGCAAAUACUGCAGGUUCCAGUCCUGUAAAGGAUCAAGCAAUGAGGAUAAAGUUUUAACAGUAUUUUCAUGGAAAAUUUUGCAUCUUCAGAUGGAAGAAACAAUGAUGGAAAAUCUUUCCAAGACAAGCUACAAUGAGUUCCCAAAGCUGGUCACUUAUCCCUGCUUACUAUCAUGUAUUUAGAAUCUAUAUACAUGGCAAGAUAUAUCUAGACUCGGGGUAUCAUCUUAUCAUGAUGGCAAGAUGUCGCGAUUGAGUUGAAUAUUUUCUCUAGUUCUAGGAUGAAAAUUGCCAUAUUUUUCUCCGGGGAGAAAAUUUUCAUC